CUAGCCUCAAGACAAGACAAGCGACCACUGCCUUCACACAACGUCCCAUCGCAUCCGAGCUUGUUCAAGAUGCACUCUUCCACCCUUUUUGCGAGUGCUGCCGUGCUCUUGGCCUCCACCGCCGUAGCUCUGCCGUCCACUGUGCGUGUACCGUACACCAAUACAACGCACAGCACUCCUACCACGAGCCUGACCAAGCAGCUCCGGCUCGCUGACAAUGCCGCCGAGUAUUUCAGCCUCCUGCCCAACAACGAAGACUUCAUCUUCAACUUCAACCAGCCCCAGCCCAAGCCAGGAAAGGGCGGCGAGCUCGUUGCCGCCAACCGCGUCACCUUCCCGGCCCUCGUCGGCACCUCGUCCGGCAUGGCUCUCGGCCGUGUUGACCCUUGUGGCAUGAACACGCUCCAUGUCCACCCUCGCUCCGCGGAGCUGCAAAUGGUCAUCUCUGGCCGCCUCAUCACCGAAAUGGUGCCCGAAAACGGCAUCCUCAAUGCGGACGGCAGCCGCCGCGUCAUCCGCACCGAGCUGUGUCCCUUCAUGAUGACGCCCUUCUACCAAGGUUCCAUCCAUACCCAGUUCAACCCAGAGUGA